AAUUCCUCUGUCCUCCCCUCAGCACUGUCCACGGGAGAGUUUGCUGGAGACAACAGAAAGUGUCCCUAGGUAGUGCUUUAUCACUGCCUGGCUGGCUGCAGAGCAGGGAAGAGGCAGGUUGACAACCCGGGGAUCAUCCGUAAUUCAGGAAUUUCUCUUUUCCCCACGUAACUCAACCAUCUUUGCAACUUUGUCAUUCCAGAGUGAAAAAAAUGACACGAACGUGGAGCUUCAGCAGAAAAAUGACCUUGGAUUCCCCUUAAGUGACAUGUCCUCUGCUGCCCUUUUUCUCAGUGUCUGGAGGCAGAAGUCAGUCCUGAGAUGUGGUGGUUCCAGCAAGGCCUCUCGUUCCUGCCCGUGGCGCUGGUUGUGUGGUCAGCAGCAUCGUUUGUGUUUUCCUACAUUACUGCAAUUGUCCUGCACCAUGUUGACCCUUUGGUGCCCUACAUCAGUGAUACAGGGACAAUACCACCUGAAAGAUGCUUAUUUGGGAUCAUGUUAAAUGUUUCAACCUUUUUGGGGAUGGCCACCAUGUACGUCCGCUACAAACAAGUGUCUGCCCUGAGCCCAGAAAAACCCAAGAUCCUCAAGCUGAAUAAGCUGGGCCUCACACUGGGAUGGAUGAGCUGCUUUGGACUCUGCAUUAUUGCAAAUUUCCAGAAAUGCAUCCUGUACUACAUCCACGUGCUGGGAGCCUGCCUGACCUUCGGGGUGGGCUCCAUUUACAUGCUGGUUCAGACCAUCCUCUCCUACCUGAUGCAGCCAGAACUUCACAGCAAAGAAAUCUUCUGGGCCCGCCUGGCCGUGUUCCUGUGGAGCUGUUCCAGCAUCCUGAGCAUGUUUGUGUCCUCAGUUGUGUUGUACAGUGGCUUGUAUGGACAGAACCUGGUGCAGAAGCUGCACUGGAACCCCCAGGAAAGAGGCUACACCCCCCACAUGAUCAGCACCAUCUCCGAGUGGUCAUUGGCAUUCUCCUUCCUCAGCUUCUUCCUCACCUACAUCCGUGACUUCCAGAAAAUCUCCCUGCGAGCCGUGGUCAGCCUGCAGGGCCAGACCCUGCACGAGAGUCCAGGGAGCUUCAGGGCAGAAGACCAGGCACUGCUCAUAGCAGGGAGCAUCUGAUGGAUGGAGAGAACUCAGGAAUUUAAUAGCAAUAACAGCUGUUAUUUCUAAACAUUUAUUUUCUAUAAAAAAAAUGUAUGAAGCGAUUGUCUUGUACUUGACAUCAAGGGCUUUGCACAGCUUUGCAAAUGUUACCAGUACUGUGAAUGAGUCUGUGACAUUUCCAAAAUUUCCAAUGUCAUGAAGGAUUAAAUGAAGGCUGUUAAUGA